AUGAUCAUCAAAUCUAUGGCAUUCAUACUUCUAUCUUUAAUAUGUGCACAAGUUCUUCUCAUCGACGAUCUUAACUUAGGCAAGACGCCAGACGGCAGCAGAUCUUUAGCAAAUCUGUCAGGAAAUCUUCAAAAUCAAUAUGGAGAAAGUGUAAGUGUUGUAGAACCUACACAAAGACUAAAAGGCAUGCCCAUGAAUUUUGUAAAAUAUAAUAAAGUCAAUCCACAGCGCAUAAAUUUAGUACAAAGAAUCACACCACAAAUGAAAGCGCCAAACAUGGUAUUUCCACGGAGGACGAUGAAAAUUAGAAGAAAACUCCCUGUAAUUCAACCCAAUAAUUUACCAUUAGCACAAAGUUUCCCGAGCAUUCCUCAGAGUGGUAGAUUUAACCCUUUACCAAAACCUACACCACCUUCAAAGCAAGUAUCUCGGCCUGAUACAGUUAGAAACUAUGAUAUGGAAACUCCAAACAGCCAGCCAUCCAUACUUAGUCCAAUCUACUUCCCCAAUAUAAGCACUUCUAGUAGAAACACAAAUUUACCCGAUGAUGUUCCUAGUGAUAUUUUAAAUGAUCUGCCAAGAAGUAAGUCAAUAACUAGGUCAAGGAAAUCAAAUAGCCCUAUUUCAAGUAGAACUACACCUGAUAAAGGAUCUAAGCAACAUUCGUCCACUAGUAGACCAACUAGAACAGCAUCCAUAGACUCUAUACAGUUAGAUAUUCCAACAACAGAGUUGAGUACGCCUGAAAUUGAUAAGGAUAUUGACGAAUCGAUAUUUGAUAACGAACCUAUUAGAUCAGUUAUUAAAGAGCCCGUUGAGCCGAUGACUAAAACACCUACUAGGAGUAUAUCAACCAAGACCGUUACAAGGACAGUUAAAGAGCCUAUUAAAGUAAUCGAACCAGUGAGUGUAACAGUACCUGAGAAAAAGGCUAGUGUUGAUAAUGAAACUUCCCCUGAUGAAGUUGAAAAGAUUGCGAUGGAGGUUUCAAAAAUUGUUGUACCGCAUGUAAAAGGCACAGGAUAUUUAAAGAAGCACAACUCAGAUAUUAUCUCAGCAGAUAAACAUAGAAGAACCUACAUUGAUUACAAAUUGUUGGAGUCUAAAGAAAGACAGGUUGAUAUUGAAAAGAAGCUAAAAGUAUUACAGGAAUUGCAGAAUAAGCUCUUAGACAAGCUAACAAAGCUUAAGAAUGAAAGAGAUGGCGUUAAGUCUAGUAUUGAUUCAAACCAAAUCACCUUAGAAAAUAGUGAAAGAGCUAUUAAAAAUCUACAGGAUGAAAUCAAUAAAAAUUCAGGACAGAUGAAAUUAGAAGAAGUUGAAAUAAUAAAGCUUGAAAAGGCAUUAAGUGAAGAGAAAAAUCGAUAUUUACUUCUGUCUGAUCAGCACAAAAUAUUUCAGUCCAGGCUUGAUAGCUUUAGCAAAAAAGGAGAUGUACAGCAGGAUGGCAUUAAUCUUAGUAAAAGGAAAUUAUCAGAGUAUGAUAAAUUAAUAGAACAAAUUGAAAAAGACUUUUCAAACCUUAAAGAAAGAGUCGAAGAAGUAGAAAGAAAAAGAAAUGACGAAAUUGAGGCACAAAACAGGCUGGAGAUUGAAAAGAAAGAGAUUGAAGAUAGCAGCCAUCUGCCACUAUUCGCAUUGUAUGAUUAA